GUGGACUCAUUGCUGGGAGUUAGUUCAGCGCGGAAAAAGUCGAUGCCUCACCCUUGCAACAGUGAAUACGGUUGCGGGGGUUCGGCAUAGUGGAUGUUGCAGUGCAAGUUCAAAUUCUGUGCCUGUCGAGCGGUGGUACAUUCGUUUGCCUUACAUAUUCUGAUUGGUCAGGCGUUACUAUGGGGGAACGGGAACCUAACCUUUUAUUUAUUUAUUUUUUUGAUACAACCUCUUUCUUUUCUUAUAUAUAUGUAUUCAUCUUUUAUAUCUUUGUUUCCAUUUCCAUUUCUUCACUUUUAUGCUUCCCAAUUUUAAUUAUCUCAUUAUAUCUAAAUUGGAUUUAAAAUAUAUGUUAACUUGAAUAUCAUAAAAAACAAGGG